ACAGCACCAGCACAUUCAGUUAGUCUAGCAAUGAACGGCGGAGCAAACGAACGGCUAAAUUGAAAAACAGAAACGCAAAGUUCUAACAUGGCUUUAAUUACAUAUCUGUUAUACGCCAUUAUUACGGUGACCACAUUGGCUUGGUAUUUCGUCAAGAAACGCAUGAACUACUGGAAGCAGCUGGGUAUUCCUCACGAUGAACCCAGUCUGAUGGCUGGCAAUUUUCAGGGUCUGAUGACCACACGCAGUUUUGCCGAUUGUACGCGGGAACCCUAUGAAAAGCACAAGGGUUCGGGACCCUUUUGUGGAUUCUACUUUUUCCAGAGGCCGGCUGUCUUGGUGUUGGAAACAGAAUUGGCCAAAAAUAUUCUAAUCAAAGACUUUUCCAAAUUCACCGAUCGGGGAUUGUUCCACAACGAGAAAACCGAUCCCCUAACGGGCCACUUAUUCCUUCUAGACGGGGCUAAAUGGAAAAAUCUACGCAACAAAUUGUCGCCCACCUUUACCUCGGGUAAAAUGCGCUUCAUGUACCCCACCAUAAUGGAGGUGGCCGAGAAUUUCGUCAGAGUUUUUGGAGAAUUAAGUCAAAAGAAUAAAAACAAUGUGGUAGAGAUUAAGGAGCUAUUGGCCCGCUUUACCACCGAUGUCAUUGGCAAGUGUGCCUUUGGCAUUGAAUGCAACAGCCUCAAAGACCCGAAUGCCGAAUUUCGCAUUAUGGGCAAGAGAUCCCUCAGUGGACGCAGACAUGGCAAACUGUUGACGGGGUUCAUACAGGGUUUUCCCAACCUGGCCAAGAAAUUGGAUAUGCGCAUGGUGCCCGAUGAUGUCAAUGAUUUUUUUAUGCGUAUUGUACGCGAAACGGUGGCCUAUCGCGAGCAGAACAACAUCAAGGCCAAUGACUUUCUUUCGAUUUUAAUUGAUUUGAAAAAUGGUGAAGGAAAAUCGGAUGGUGUCACGCUGAGUUUGGAGGAAAUGGCGGCCCAGGCUUUUGUUUUCUUUGUGGGUGGCUUUGAGACCUCAUCAUCGACAAUGGGUUUUGCUCUGUACGAAUUGGCGUUGAAUCAGGAUGUACAGGAUAGAAUGCGUGAGGAAAUCAAUGAGGCAUUUAAUGCUGAUGGCAGUAUUAGCUAUGAAACGUUGCAUGGCCUGCCGUAUCUGGGACAGGUUAUAUCGGAAACCCUCCGCAAAUACACAAUUGUACCGCAUCUCAAUCGCCAGGCCUUGGUGGACUACGUUGUGCCGGGUAAUCCAAAAUAUGUCAUUCCCAAGGGCAUGCCCGUCCUCAUACCGGCCUAUGGUAUGCAUCAUGAUCCCGACCUAUAUCCCAAUCCAGAGAAAUUCGAUCCGGAUCGUUUUGAGGCCAGUGCUGUGAAACAUCGUGAAACAGUUGAAUUUCUAGCCUUCGGUGAUGGACCACGCAACUGUAUUGGUAUGCGUUUUGGCAUUAUGCAAACGCGCGCCGGUAUGGCUUACCUGCUGCGUAAUUUUAAAUUUUCCGUAUGUGAAGAGACUGAAAUUCCAUUGACUUGGGAUACCAAAUCGUUUGUGCUGUGUUCGAAAAAUGGUAUUUUCCUUAAGGUAGAUAAAUUGUAAACAAAAAAUAUGGACAAUUUUUUAUGAAAAAAAAAAAUUAAUAAAAAGAAUAAAAAUAAUAAAUUAAAA